AUGGCGGAUCAUAAGAUUUUGCCCGUCUUCGCCUUCAUUGACGAUGGAGAGCAGCUGCAGCAACUUCGAGAAUAUCUCACUACAGUAGGAAAGGCUAAGCUCGAUCUCAAAGGACCACCAGACGUAUCAGAAAACCUCUUAGAUAUUUGUUCGCAACUCACGGUUAUGGGCGCUUGUCCACAUCCGGUUGAGGUCGAUUACAUUCUGAACUCCAUCUGCUCACUUAUGGUACUGGUACCAGCAGAGCGGGCUCUGGAAGUGGAAACUCUGUACCGCUCUUUGGUAGCUAUGUGCUCUGAAGCCCGCAUGAUCGGUGAACUGGACUGCAGCACCGAAACCUUACAAAAGCAAUUCAAACAGUGGGGAACAUCACUGGAAGGGCAGAGGGAUAUACUUCGUCUCGUACAUGUUGGACUUCUUGAAGACCAAAAGGCUGAUCAGGCAGCUAAGGUAAUGAUUAUGCUGUUGGGGACGUACACCGAGAAAGACGCUGCGCAAGCCCGCGAAGAUGCAAUCGAAUGCGUAAGAACAGCUGUGGUGGAUCCGAAGUCGUUCUCAUUUGAUCAUUUGCAACGCCUAUGCGCUGUUAAAGCAUUGCAAAAGUCUGAUCCGUUGAUGUACUCUGCAUUGGAAUUGUUCAUAUCUGGAACACUAAAGGAUUACAGGGCUUUUGUCAAGGCUCAUCCAGAGUUUGUUGGGCAAAUGUUGAAGGUUGACGAGGCUGUUUUACUGAAGAAAAUCAGGCUUUUGACAUUGAUGACCAUCGCCGAGACUAAUAAUGUAUCGUUCUAUUACAUUAUGGACCAUCUUGGAAAGAUUGUAAUCUUUCAGGUAAUUCAUCUCGAUGAUCUUGCGAAAGAGUUGGAUUUGCCAUCGAACGAUCAGUUAGAGGAAUUCAUAAUUGAUGCUAUCCAAGUGAACGCAAUUUCAGGGAAGCUCAACGAAAUCACCCGUACGUUAGUUGUGAGUUCAUUCCAACAUCGACAGUUUGGACGUGAGCAAUGGCAAACGCUCCAG